UUAUACACCCAAAGACAUUCAUUCCAUUUACUUCCCUAUUUCCCAAUUGCACUUUCAUGUAUACUAUUUCCACCUCGAUUUGAAAGGCACAGGUUUCUCCCUACACCUUUUAGCUACGGUGCAACCCAGUAUCCAGCAUCUACACGGGGCCACAACCCAGGAUCCACCGAUCCAGCCUUUCAUCGCGAACUUUUGCACAACUUCGCCAACGAGGUCAACCUUGCUGCUAUUAGGAGCUCGGAAUAAAUUCGCGAUGAGUUCAAUCUCGGAGACUGCCUCGUCUCGCCCUAGUUCCCCGUCCGGAAAUGGGAACGAGAACGGCGAGGGAAGAGGAAAGGAAGAAUGGAAGGGGCAUUCGAAGCGCCUGUGCUCAGAUUGGUUGGUGUCUUACGAGUCCAACUUCUCCUUCGCAAAAGACCGUGAAUGGUUCACAACCUACACCCCCUUUGACUCCUACGUGCUAGACCACAAGGGUGUACUCAUGGAAGUGUUCGGCAUCGGCAGCGUCACCCUCCCUAUCAAGUGCAGCAACUCUUUCGACGACAAUCCGACACACGGUGCAGAAGUCACGCUUCAAGACGUUCUCCAUAUUCCCAGAGCGGUCUGCAACGUGGUCUCCAGGCAUGACAAAACUCUGGGGCGCCAGGAGCUGUGGACGUUGCCGAGCGAGGACGAUCCUUACAAGCGGGGCGUCUUCCAGCACCAACACAAACACAGGUCGAAAUCGAAUGAACUAGCAUCAGGUCUCAACGACGACGUGAACGUCUGCGUCUACGUACCUCCAAACAGCGGUUCACUUUGCCUACUUGACCUGGAUCUGGAUCGCCCACCCACGGGUUAUGCACUGGCGCCUACAUCUUUCCCAUCAUACACCAAUGACAAUGGAUCAUCACCGAAGAUAAACUUCACGUACAGCGGCGACCUGAUCCCGCUCACUUGGCCUGACAACCAGAGAGAGAAAUGGCAAAGGAGGAAGGAAACCGGCGACGACGACUCGUGUGCUUGUAUGGCGGCAAAUACCACAGCCACUACUGGUACAGGACCAAGGAUCAAGAACUCGGAGCUGGUGAAAAGGCUCAUGGAUCAAAGGGCAGGAGUCAUCAGUCAGCUGAGAUUGCUGGACGAGCUCAUUGAUGAACUGCAAGGUGUGACGCCGGCGGCAACGGUGAGCGACAGUGUUAACAACUCCGACAUGACACCGGUUUCCACGAGCACCAGUCCUUCUCUUUCAAGCGUGACGCCAGCGGCAACGGCGAGCGUUGUCAACUCCGACACGACACCGGUCGACACGAGCACUCCUUCGGUUUCAGGGGCGGGGGAUCGCUCAGGGGUCUGCCAUGGAGGAGAAGACAACACUGAAACAUAUGAGUUCGUUCGCACGACGAUGGAUGAAGAGGCAGAGGCAGAGACAGAGGUCAUGGCAGAGGUAGAGGCCAUGGAGUGGGAAGAAACCAAGGCAGAGGCGGAGGCCAUGGAGUGGGAAGAGUCCAUGGUAGAGGCAGAGUCCAUGGCAGAGGCAGAGGAAGAGGCAGAGCCGGAGGAAGAGGCAGAGCCAGAGCCAGAGGCAGCGGAGGAAGAGGAAGAGGCCCAGUGGGAGACCCAGUCAGAGGAAGAGGCAGAGGAAGAGGCAGAGGAAGAGGAAGAGGUAGAGCUGGAGCUGGAGCCGGAGCCAGAGCCGGAGCCGGAGGCAGCAGAAUCCGUGGAAUGGCUUCCACUUUCGAGCGUUGGCUUUCGAGUUGAUUGCGACCCGGAUAAGGGUAGCUACACUGGCCUCUUUACCGUAACUUCGCCGGGAGGUUAUAAGGGCAAAACGUGGUCAUAUGACCGGGUAAAGAAGAAUAAACUGUCGGAAGAUGAAAAAGCAUGGCUCAAGGCCGUCUCCAAGUACAAGCCACGCUUCUUCCAAUUUAUUGGGUACGACGCCGAUACGGAUACAUGGGAGCCGGAGAGGGGAGGAGGCAAGGACAGAGCAUAUGCACGUACGCUAGUGAAAUGGUGCAGGGUGCACGCUCGUCGUUGCCUUUAUACCGGAGAGAUCAUAGUCGAUCUCGAUUCAGGCAUCCUAAACGAUCACGGCUUGGCAGCGGCAAAGGAGAGACUCAGGGCACUGAGGGCAGAAGGCCGGGAGCGGAGUCCUGAAGCGAGACAAGAGAAUAUUUUCAUUCAAGAUAUGACAUUGUGGCUAAGAUCGCAGGGGGACAACUUGAGCUACAAAGAUAUCCCUGGCGAGCAUUGUUGGAGCUACGAAGAGAUCUUUGGCGAGGAUUGA